CGACCCCCUCCCCUUCUAUAUUCCCUCUUCUCUCUCUCUCUCUCUCUCUCCGCGCAACUUCUUCCUCCGCUUUCUCAACGGCUGUCCGGCGCCGACGUAUCGGAGACGCCGCCGCCGCCGGCCAGAUCUCUCCCCGCCUCGCCCCCUCGGCUCCCGAUCUGGUUCUUGUCUGCCUGAGGUCGGGCGCGUCGAGCGGUGUUGUUGAGUACGAGGAAUGGCUGUCGCGCCGGCGCGGGCUCGGGCCGAUUACGACUACCUCAUAAAGCUCCUCCUGAUCGGCGAUAGCGGUGUCGGUAAGAGUUGCCUCCUCUUGCGCUUUUCAGAUGGUUCCUUUACUACCAGCUUUAUAACAACUAUUGGGAUCGAUUUCAAGAUCAGGACUAUAGAGCUAGAUGGAAAACGAAUUAAAUUGCAAAUUUGGGAUACUGCUGGACAAGAGAGGUUCCGAACAAUUACAACUGCUUACUACCGUGGGGCCAUGGGUAUACUCCUUGUGUAUGAUGUGACUGACGAAUCAUCUUUCAACAGUAAUUGGUUCUCCCUCAUCAGUUAUCUCUUGCAUAAUAUCAGAAAUUGGAUCCGUAACAUUGAACAGCAUGCUUCUGAUAAUGUGAACAAGAUACUUGUCGGUAACAAGGCUGAUAUGGAUGAGAGCAAAAGGGCUGUUCCUACCUCAAAGGGCCAAGCACUGGCCGAUGAAUAUGGUAUCAAGUUCUUUGAGACUAGUGCCAAGACAAACUUGAAUGUAGAGGAGGUUUUCUUUUCAAUAGCGAGAGCUAUCAAGCAAAGGCUUGCAGAAAACGACACAAGAUCUGAGCCUCAAGCAGCAAUUAGGAUCAAUCAGCCUGAUCAGGCAUCAGGGUCCUCUCAAGCGCCGCAGAGAUCUGCUUGCUGCGGUUCUUAAGCAAGUUUUGCUCAAGUCACUGCAGUAGUGGGGAAAAUUGAUUUUGUUAUAUAUCCGGUUGCUCCCAUUGUUCUCGCUAUACUACCUCACUAAAUGCUGCUUUUUGUGUGGAUGGUAGAUCUGUCAACAUCCAAUAGAAGAAUGAAUUCUUGGGCAACUGUAAUAUGAGGAACUAAUUAUGUGCAGAUUCCUGCUGGGAUUUUAUCUCAUUAAGUUUGACAUCACCUUAUCAACUCUACUGUAUUUUUUCCUGGAAAAGGUUGCUAUGAUAUUCUGGUAAGUUUUAA